UGAUUCUAUGAAAUUUAAUGGGGCCUGCUCCGAUUAAAUGGUAAAAUGCUUUUGUCCCCAGAAGGAGGUCCAACCUGGAAACUACCGUAUCUGUCACCGGCGGAUUUACCCCCAGUCCCGUUAAAUAAACACGGACACGUGUCAGAUUGAAAUGUAAAAGGUAUAUUGAAGAUGCAGCAAGUAACAUCAACACAACACUGAAUCGAUAAUCCAGCCCUUCACCCUCUGAAAUAAAAGAAGAUAGGAGAGCUAUAACUGGCAACAGAAUAUUAUACUUAGUCCGUCAGAGGCAGCUUGAUGUUCAGGACCUUCAACCUUUUAGCUUAAGGUUUGGAAGAACAGCCUUCUAAGAUGCUGAAAAAUCUGGAUUUUUAAUUAUAUACUACUUUAAAGAAAUAUAAGGCGUUGAAGAGUGAAGCUGCCUCACAGUUUAUUUUAUGGUAUCUGUUCCUCUUUUUUUCUGUAUUUAAUAUCAAAGAAAGACCAUGAGCACAACUCAAAGAAAACGUCGUGGAAGAGCCAUUAAUUCUAGACAAACGCAAAAACGAAACAGACUAGUAGCUUCAGUUACAGAAAUGGCUUCAGAAGCAGAGCCAAUAGAACUUGAAGAAAGUGCUGGUGAAGAAGUAGUAGAUCUCACAUGUGAAUCUUCUGAACCUGUAGUAGUUGAUCUAACUCACAAUGAUUCUGUUGUGAUUGUUGAAGAGAAUCAACGUCAACGGAGAAAUCUAGGACUAAGAAGCCAACGUCAAUCUGAUAGCUGUAUAUUAAGUAGUGAUGAUGAAGAUGAAUCAAGAGAUAAUGAUGUAUAUGUAACAAAUAAAGUGUCUGGAGAUUUAGAAACACUGGAAGAUGAAACUGCAAGUUCAAGGCCUUCAGGUACCGUUAGUUGUCCAAUUUGCAUGGAUGGAUAUUCAGAGAUUGUACAAAGUGGGCGACUUAUUGUGUCAACCAAAUGUGGCCAUGUCUUCUGUAGUCAGUGCCUCCGUGAUUCCCUUAGAAAUGCUAACUCUUGCCCAACUUGUAGGAAAAAACUCAGUCACAAACAGUACCAUCCAAUUUAUAUAUAAGCACUUGAAGUCUUCUCAGGACAGCCUUGACUGGAUCUUGGUGAAAAUGUAAUGCAUUUGUGAUGCCUUGAAGACUAAAGGAGCAACAGGUUGUAUGCCUACCCAACUGUAGUAAAAUGGAUUUUUGGAGGAUUAACUUGCACAUAAACAGCUUUUUUAUGGUCCAGUCCUAUUGUCCAAAGUACAUUCUUGAUUUGUCACUUGUUUGUGUUAAAAGUUCUUGAAAGUCUGCAAACACAAGUCAGUAUGUAUCACCAAUGAAGCACCUUCUGAUCUGUUUCUCUCUACUUCUUUUGAAGUGCUUGAACAUGAGUUCUGGAUUUUCUUUAAUAUUUCUUACUUUUAAUUACUCCUCUGUACCUUUUCCCUUCCCUCAAACAAAUAAGUUAAAUUACAAUAUGAAUAAAUGUUUUCAUUUGAAUCUUAAUGUGAUGCAGGUGGCAGGCAGCAAAUUACUGUUGCUAUUGCAUGUGGUCUUACCUCCAAUGCAGUUUAUUCAAAUUGAAUGAGUCCUAUGAGAUGUGAACACUUAAUGUAAUAUUAAAUUGUAUACCAGGGUACUGCAUUGAGCUAAUACACUGGUAGCCAGCAAUCUUCUUUAUUUAACUGGAAGUCUUGAUAUGCAAACCUAUAUUUGUGGGCUCUUUGAGGUCUAUAGUACAUAGCCAAAUUGCAACUUCCGUAAUAUCAAUGUGAAAGUAUUUUAUUUCUGGGUAUCUUAACUGCCCAAGAAUCACUUGAUUUGAAUCACAAUAUUGAAGUAUUUCCUAAUUUGUGGUUAGGUGAUCUUUAAUUCUGUUCAGUGUCUCUCUACAAUCAUAACUGAGCAGUACAUAAAUGUGUGUUGUUUUUUUUAUGGCCAUAGCCUGAAUACUAGACUAGAUAGAUCUUCGACUUCUGUAAAGCAUACCUACUGCAAGAUUUGAAGUUCAGUACAUUCACUGUGCUGUGUAAUCUGCUUCUGUACUGACAAGUCUGACAGGUUUUAGACACAUACAGUGCUAACUGUUCAGUGGUAUAAUUAAUCUCAAGUAUAUGUAAUUCAAGCUUCAGUCACUGGCUAGGUAUUAAUGAUGUUGGGGUAGGAAUUCUGAAAAAGUUCAGUCUAAUUGGUCACUCAUUGUCCUGAGGAUUUAAAUGUGCAAUAAAGCUUGUAUAGCUCUCUUAAAAUAUGUAAAUGUUUGGUCAGGUGCAUGUUUGGUCCAAAGGCUGCAUCUGACUUUGCGCCAUUAACCCAUUUACUAUUUAUUUUCAGGACUGACUUCUGAAUACUGUGGAAUUUUUGUCAGCACAAAAUGACAAGGAGGAUACGGUGCUUGGGUGAAUUGAUACAUUUAACUGUAAUAUGUGGGCAAGAACUUAACAUCAAUUUUCUAUGAUCUAUAGGUACCUGACACUUGGGCCAAUGUUUGUUCCAGAAUACAAUAGUCUAACAGUAUCUAUAAAAGCAUCUUUAAAACUGGUGGUUAGUCAGUGAAACAUGAACAAAAAUAAACUGCCAGCUACUUUGAAGGCACAGGAUAUUUUUUCAGGUUUGUGUCUUUGUCCCUCCCCCCCCCCCCCCCAAACAAAACAAAUUUCAGGAUGUAUGUAACUAAAACAGCUUAUAAGUACUAUGGAGAAAGGCUUAUCUUAAAGUAGCUGCUCUAAUUAGACAUUUUAAACUUUGCGGGGGUGGGGGGCAUUUAAGAUUGUGCAAUGUCUUAUAAACUUCAGUAUGCAGAAUAUGGUCUCUCAGUAUGUUGACUGAUCCUGGAGAAAUUUAAUACUUGUGCUACUCUAGUCCCUUACAUAAUCACGGUUUGUGCUUUUACAAGGAAAAGCCUGCUAUACUGCAACUGAUGCAUCCUGUCAGUACUCAUUACAUAUUUAAAGGGACAUAAUCACCAGUAAUUCUCUCACCUGCAUUGGAUUAUUUCAACCUAGUGCUAAAUGAAGACUUAAAACAUUUUCAGGACAGUGCGUAUCUUUUUGCUUAUAGAAAAAUCUAAGAUUUUUUUCUUUGCUUUUCUUCAAGAUAAACUGAGCAAGAGCUUUAGUCUCUUAAAAUUGUUUGGCAGCAUCUGUCACAUGCAGAAAAGGCAACCCACCAUGACUAGUAAUUUAGGACCACACUUGACUAUUCCUCCCAAUAGUUUCGAAAUAAAAAGAAUUAAGGUAAAUGGAUCUCAUACCUAAGCAAAUAUAUUUAAGCUUUUGUGCACAGGGAACGCAAUAAGAGCGUAUACAUGUAAGGGAUUAAGUAGCCUGUCCCUAGAUCUUUAAGUACUAGCCUUAGAUUGAAUUGUGUUUUGCACAGUUUCCUCCAUGUAACUCUCUUGGACUUUAGAUACCACAAAUUAGAAUAUUCAACAAAAGUUUUUAGCUUUUGUGACCCCCCCAUUAAGUGCCAGAUUUUGUUCAUUUGAAAACAAAUUUUAAACUUUAAUAUCAAAAUGAUAAAUGUUAAAGUUAGAUGAUAAUUUUAAAAAACUUGAGAUAGAUAUAUUCUUAAUUUCCAGAAAAGGCAGUGGCUCAGUAUAGCUCAUGACAUUUGCAAGAACUGAUAGAUAAUAUAAAGUUGUUUUGAUUAUGUAAAUGUGUGUUUUUCCACUUGUCAUUGUAUAUAGUUGAAAACUUUCUGUAUUUAAUUGUUCAUGUUUGUAUGUCAAUCUACUUUGAACUCUACUUGUAGACAAAUAAUUCUUUUAACAGAUGAAAAUAAAACUAUUAAUUUGA